UCCUCUUUCCUCUCCCAGGCGAGAGGACCAGCAGAGGCACCUCUCCCGGGUCUUAGACUGCAGAGCCUAAGACUCAGCGAGAGGAGCCCCGGAGGGGACAGACCUUUUUUCCCCUUUCCCAUCCCUUAUUUUGCUCAGAGAGGCAAGAAGAGGCGCGGAGCUUUAGAAAGUUCCUUAGUGGUCAGGAAGCAGCCAAUGCGCAUCGGAGCCGCUCUCGGCAGGGCCAGAGGGCGGGUCGGGUUCUCUGCGUGCGCCUAGGAGGAUGGAUCGGAGGUCCCGGUCUCAGCAGUGGCGCCGAGCUCGCCACAAUUACAACGACCUGUGCCCACCCAUCGGCCGCCGCGCAGCCACCGCGCUCCUCUGGCUCUCCUGCUCCAUCGCGCUCCUCCGCGCCCUUGCCACCUCCAACGCCCGGGCUCAGCAGCGCGCGGCUGCCCAGCAGCGCCGGAGCUUCCUUAACGCCCACCACCGCUCCGGCGCCCAGGUAUUUCCCGAGCCCUCCGACUCCGACUCUGACCACGAGCACGAGGAAGCAGACCUUGAGCUGUCCCUCCCGGAGUGCCUAGAGUACGAGGAACAGUUUGACUACGAGACCGAGACCGAAACCGAGUCCGAAAUCGAGUCCGAGACCGACUUCGAGACUGAGCCUGAGACCGCCCCCGCCACUGAGCCCGAGACCGAGCCAGAAGACGAGCGCGGCCCCUUGGUGCCCAAGCGCCCCACCUUCGGCCAAUCUCUCAACGCCCAAUCUCUCACCGAGCGUCUGCACGCUCUGAAGUUGCAAAGCCCCAACGCCUCCCCAAGUCGCGCGCCGCCCAGCACUCAGGAGCCCCAGAGCCCCAGUGAGGGGGAGGAGCCCAAGCCCGAGGAUAAGGAUCCGCGGGACCCCGAAGAGUCUGAGGAGCCCAAGAAGGAGGAGAAGAAGCAGCGCCGCUGCAAGCCGAAGAAGCCUACCCGCCGCGACCCGUCCCCGGAGUCCCCUUCCAAAAGGGGACCCAUCCCCAUCCGGCGUCACUAAUGGAGGACGCCGU